AUGCUACCAGUAGAUAAAAGGCUUCUAAACUUACAGAUCUACAAACUUCUUCAGUGUGUUCACGAGAAAGACAAGAAGCAAAUAGAAAAUCUGAUCCAGAAAGGAUUCCCAGAUCUCAUUAAUUACACAGAGCCUAAGGAAGGAUACAGCGCCUUACACUUGGCCUCCAUGAAAAAUGACAUUGAAAUGUGCCGCUUCCUGCUGGAACACGGAGCUCGUCCAGACAUCCACGACAACAUGGGAUGCACUCCAGCCAUGAAAGCAGCUGAGCUAGGCCAUGAGGUGAUUUUGGAAUUAUUAGCAAAAGCUAAUGCAGACAUGACUGCCGUGGAUAAUGAAGGGAAAGGUAUUUUGUUUUACUGCCUUUUACCUACAGCACGCCACUCCCACUGCCUGCAAAUUGCCUUGGAAUAUGGUGCAGAUGUCAACAACUGUACUACUACUGGGAGGUCUGUGCUUCUACAAGCCUGUGAGCAAGCUCAUGAGGUUAAAAAAAUAUGCCUGAUUUUCUUGGAGAAAGGAGCAGAUCCCCAUGCAAAAGACCCGGCCACGGGGCGCACAGCCGUGAUGGAGGCUGCAAGGGAAGGCGCUGCCGAGGUGGUGCUGGAUCUGCUGCGGAGGGGAGCCGAUGUGAACCUCUUUGACUUUGAAAGACACAGCGCUGCACAUUUCGCAGCCAAAGGAGGCUUUUUGGAGAUUCUGACGAUUAUUUCAGGUUAUAAUGCAGACUUGAAACUGGUUGCUAUGAAUGGUAACACACCACUUCAUUAUGCUGCGGAGGGAGGAUUUGCAGAUUGCUGCAGGUAUAUAGGACAAAGAGGCUGUGAUCCUACAUGGACAAAUUUGGCAAAUCUGAGCCCAAGGGAUACUGCCAAGAGCGCUGGGUUUAAAGCAGCAGCAAAAGUAUUGCGCAAAGCUGAAAAAGCCUUUAAAAAACCAGAUAAGACCCUUGCCUGGUACCUGAAGGUGUAUGACUGGUCCCAGCAGCACAAGGAUGCCAUCUGCAAGGAGCUUGAGACUGAUGAAGAAGGAGAUGGGAUGGUAUCCAGAAAUGAUUUUAUAUCACUUAUUCGGAAGAACUGUGGCACUGUGGGUGUGGAUGAGGAACAAAUAGAAGUUCUUGCUAAAAAGCAUGAAGUAUCUACUGACAGGAUCAGCCUUGAUGAUUUUUUUAAAGGCUCCAAAUACUUGCAGAAAGCCUUUCUGCUAUCAUCCUUUGGGCCCAAAGCAAAGAAAAAGAAGAAACCGCCAAAAAAAAAAGGCAAAAAAGGCAAAAAAGGCCUCCCUGUGCCGAUUUGUGUAAUACCAAAGAGUGAAUGUCCACUUAGGGAAGAUGGCCUCCCUACCUACAUGGUUGAGGCUGUCCCACACAUUCCUGAAAAGCAGCGUUUCAAACAGGAACACCAAUCUGCCCAUCCUCUGCUCGAUGACCGUGCCUGGUACGUAGAUGAGCCAAGAAAAACCCUCAUAGAUAUCAACUACCUUGUCAGAGAAGGAGACUUUGUGUCUCUGCAGAAAGCAUUCGACGAGGAUGUGCCAGUAGACAUAAAAGAUAAAUAUUACAAAACACCUUUGAUGGUUGCAUGUGCAAGUGGCAACAUAGUUCUCGUGGAGUUUCUUCUGGAAAAGGGGGCUGAUGUAAAUGCAACAGACAACUUCCUGUGGACUCCUCUGCAUCAUGCUUGCUAUAAUGGACACCUGGAUAUUGCUGAGGUGCUCGUGAAGGCUGGAGCAUCUGUGAAUGCCCCUGCAAUAGGCAGUGCCACCCCGCUGAUGAGAGCCAUUGAGGCCUGCAGGCUGGACAUGGUCUAUUUUUUAAUCACUGCAGGUGCUGAUGUCCAAGCUACAAACAGCAAUGGAAAGACUGCCCUUGAUCUUGCUCAAUUAUUUGAAGAUGCCACAAUAAUUGAACUGCUCAAAAAUCAACUGCAGAUUUUGGCAGAACAAGAACAGGAAAAAGAAGAAGCAAAGCCAGCAAAAGGUGGAAAGCCAAAACCAGCACAGCCACCGAGCCCUGUGAAAAAAGAGUCUCCUGAGGAAUCUCAGCCACCCGAGGAAGAGCCUGUUCCUGAAAAGAAAAAGCGUUCCCGUAAGGGCAGUGCUGCUUAUUGGAAAUCUUUGGCACCGAGAGAAAACAAGAAUGACAUCUCCUUCAGACCCAGAAAAAUAUGGAGCCCUGAUGCCACAGCAAUACAGCUUGCAGAGAAGCGAGAAUUACUUCAGGAACGUGCUACUCUUGUUGGUCACAUGGAAGAUUUUACAACCCUCUUCAAUAGAAAAUUUGAGUAA